CGGUUUCCCCGGAUGGUUCCGGAAGAGCGCCGCGCGGCUGGCUGAGAGCGCAGGGCAGGCCCGGAGGCCCGUUCGGCAGCCGGGGCGACGCGUAGGCGCAGGGCCAGAGGGAAGCGCUUUGUUUCGCGCGUGGUUCCCGCGCCUCCGGGCGCGCGGGAGAGGCGCGAAUCCGAGUGCCGCGCGCGCCCCGGGGACUUACACCGGCUGAGCGCGCGAGGUGGGACCGCAGGAACCUGAGCGCUCGGGUCCCCGCCCCGCCCCGCCCCGCCGGCGGCGGAGGCAGCGAGCGCGAGAGCCCAGCGGGGUCGCUGGGAGCUGGAGGCACCGAGACACAAAGGCAGGCGGGAUGCGGGAGCAUCUGGGGAGCAGGCAAAGGGAAAGCGAAAGCCGCGCGCCCGGCCAGUGACAGGGUGAAGGCGCCGCGCAGCUCUCCCGACGCCGGCAGUACCAAGUCCUGCCUGGCCGAGCCUGGCGCGCCGCAGCCAUGGCCAUCGCCCACCUGGCCACGGAGUAUGUGUUCUCGGAUUUCUUGCUGAAGGAGCCCACCGAGCCUAAGUUCAAGGGGCUGCGACUGGAGCUGGCCGUGGACAAGAUGGUUACGUGCAUUGCCGUGGGGCUGCCGCUGCUGCUCAUCUCGCUGGCCUUCGCGCAGGAGAUCUCGAUUGGUACACAGAUAAGCUGUUUCUCUCCAAGUUCUUUCUCCUGGCGUCAGGCUGCCUUUGUGGAUUCAUAUUGCUGGGCUGCUGUUCAGCAGAAGAACUCACUGCAGAGCGAUUCUGGAAACCUCCCACUGUGGCUGCAUAAGUUUUUCCCCUAUAUCCUGUUGCUCUUUGCGAUCCUCCUGUACCUGCCCCCGCUGUUCUGGCGUUUCGCAGCUGCUCCUCAUAUUUGCUCAGACUUGAAGUUUAUCAUGGAAGAACUUGACAAAGUUUACAACCGUGCAAUUAAGGCUGCAAAGAGUGCGUGUGACCUUGACAUGAGAGAUGGAGCCUGCUCAGUUCCAGGUGUUGCUGAGAACUUGGGGCAAAGUUUGUGGGAGAUAUCUGAAAGCCACUUCAAGUACCCAAUUGUGGAGCAGUACUUGAAGACAAAGAAAAAUUCUAAUAAUUUAAUCAUUAAGUACAUUAGCUGCCGCCUGCUGACACUGAUCAUUAUACUUUUAGCGUGUAUCUACCUGGGCUAUUACUUCAGUCUCUCCUCACUCUCAGAUGAGUUUGUGUGCAGCAUCAAAUCAGGGAUCCUGAGAAACGACAGUGCCGUGCCCGAUCAGUUUCAGUGCAAACUCAUCGCCGUGGGCGUCUUCCAGUUGCUCAGUGUCAUUAACCUUGUGGUUUAUGUCCUGCUGGCUCCCGUGGUUGUCUACACGCUGUUUGUUCCGUUCCGACAGAAGACAGAUGUUCUCAAAGUGUACGAAAUCCUCCCUACUUUUGAUGUUCUACAUUUCAAAUCUGAAGGGUACAACGAUUUGAGCCUCUACAAUCUCUUCUUGGAGGAAAAUAUAAGUGAGGUCAAGUCAUACAAGUGUCUUAAGGUACUGGAGAAUAUUAAGAGCAGUGGUCAGGGGAUCGACCCAAUGCUACUCCUGACAAACCUUGGCAUGAUCAAGAUGGAUAUUGUUGAUGGCAAAACUCCCAUGUCUGCAGAGACGAGAGAGGAGCAGGGGAACCAGACGGCAGAGCUCAAAGAUACGAACAUAGACAGUGAAAUUAAAGCAAAUAAUGGAAAGAAGAAUGCCCGACAGAGACUUCUGGAUUCUUCUUGCUGAUGAUUUUUUUCCUUGAGCUGAAAAUCUGUGACAUCUGUGACAUAGGAUUUAAUUUGGCUAAAGCACCCCUGUUGGUUUCACAGCUGAUUUGCAAUAAAUGGUUCUUGGUGGAGA